GAUCGCUAUCGAUCAUGACUGCAGCAAGGAUAUACCUCGUACGACACGGUGAGACCGAGGCAAAUAGGCGAGAAAUUGUUCAAGGGCAACUUGAUACCCACUUGAACGAGUCAGGCAUAGAGCAAGCGGCGCUGGUAUCCGAGGCAUUGCAGAAAAUCUCCUUUGACGAAGGAUACAGCUCAGAUCUGAGCAGGGCAUCGAAGACGGCAGAAAUGAUCCUAGAAUGCCAUCCUCGUGUCCAGCUCCGUAAACAAUCUGGACUGCGGGAAAGGCAUCUUGGAAGCCUGCAAGGCCAGACCCACGCACGUAAGCGAGCCUUUGGCAGCAUCAACUCGGACCCAACGGCGGAAAAGGCAGACGCGUUCGUCACGCGAAGUUUGUCUUGGUGGGAAAAUUCGGUCCGUCGGCACAUAGAAACUCUUCCCGAGAGGGCGAUGCCAUAUCACAUCCUCGUUGUUUCCCAUGGGGGAUUCAUCAGCACCUUGAUCAAGAACCUGCUGGCCAAGAAGCGCAUCGCUAAAGUCGUCAGCGUAGACGAUUGGAGGUGCUAUAACUGUUCUGUAUCAAUUAUCGACAUACGAAAGGACGGAAAGGCCGAGCUGGUCCAAUACAGCGAUAUCUCACACUUGGGAAAUAGCAAGGUGGUGGAAAGCAACGCCGACACGGAGGAUAAAUAGAGGUUUUUUAAAUUAUUUGUUUCUAGAAUUCGAGAACUCAAUAGAUUAGCGGAGCU